GUGCGCGGUCACACUCAACGCAACCACAACAAUUCUCCAGGGCGACGAAAACGAAUCCUCGAAAGGCCGGCGAGCACUCGCUGCAUCGGGAUCCACAUCUGCUCCAGCAACUGUCCCCUACCCCCGCCGUCCUUCGACGUGCACCGGGAACGCGAAUCGCGCCCGUCCUUCGUCCUCUUCGCGAUCGUCGUCGUCGUCGUUGGUCGUCGGUCGUCGUCAUCAACUGGCAGCAGAAGCGACCGCAGCAUGGCCCAAUCCCAUCGAGAUCGCGAGCGUGGCUCCGGGCCGUUGCCCAACCGCUGGCUGUAUUGCCCCCGCAAGAGUGACUCCAUCAUCGCUGAGCGUUUUCUGGCCUUUAAAACCCCGCUAAGUCAGAGUUUUCAGGACAAGAUGCCCAUAGAGUGCACGUUUCGCCCCGAGAUGCUCUUUGACUACUGCAAGACGCUCAAGCUUAAACUGGGCCUCUGGGUGGAUCUGACCAACACGAAACGCUUUUACGAUCGUUCGACGGUGGAGGAGCGUGGCGCGCAGUACAUUAAGCUGCAGUGUCGCGGGCAUGGCGAGACACCCUCGCCGGAGCAGACGCACAGCUUCAUCGAGAUCGUGGACAACUUUAUAAACGAGCGUCCCUUUGACGUCAUCGCCGUGCAUUGCACUCACGGCUUCAAUCGCACCGGCUUCCUGAUUGUCUCUUACAUGGUCGAACGGCUGGAUUGCUCCGUGGAGGCAGCCCUUGCGGUCUUUGCCAAUGCUCGACCACCGGGCAUCUACAAGCAGGACUACAUUAACGAGUUGUACAAGAGAUAUGAAGACGAGGAAGAUGCGCCUCCAGCGCCAGAGCAACCCAACUGGUGUCUGGACUACGAUGACAGCAAUGGCGAUGGUUCGGUCCCGGACAGUCGCAAGCGGCACUUCGACGACAACAGCUCCUCCACCUCACAGCAAUCUGGUGAACAAGAGGAGGACGCCGAGGAGCUGGAAGGCGAGGAAGCUGAGGGCGAUGGCGAUGCAUCCACAUCAGAUGGACAGCCGCGAAAGAAGCGACGCCGCGAGAUGGUCAUAAAGAACGCCACCUUUAUGGCCGGCGUGCCGGGCGUGCGGCAAGUCAGCGAUCAGCCGCGACUAGGGGAUCUGCAGCGCAAGGUGCAGGAUUGGUGCCACUGGAACAAGAACGGCUUUCCCGGCGCCCAACCCGUUUCAAUGGAAAAGGAGAACAUUAAGCGACUCAGCGAGAUACCCUAUCGAGUGUCAUGGAAGGCGGAUGGCACACGCUACAUGAUGCUCAUCGACGGCCGGGAUGAGGUGUACUUCUUCGACCGCAACCACUCGUGCUUCCAGGUGGAGAACGUGGCAUUUGUGGAUGGCAAGAACCUAAAUGAACACCUCGAGGGCACGCUGGUCGAUGGGGAAAUGGUGUUGGACAAGAUUGGCGAUACUGUGACGCCGCGCUACCUCGUCUACGAUAUUGUGCGUCUUUCGCAUCGCGAUGUAAAGGACGAGCCAUUUUAUCCCAAUCGACUGGACUACAUUAAGAAGGAUGUUAUAGGACCCCGCAUCCUCGGCAUGAAGCAUGGCAUUAUUAACCAGAGACUGCAGGCUUUUAGUGUGCGCGGCAAAGACUUCUGGGACAUUUGGAUGUCUGCCCGCCUUUUGGGUGAGAAGUUCUCAAGAGCGCUGGCCCACGAGCCCGAUGGCCUGAUCUUUCAGCCAUCCCAGCAGCCGUACACCGCUGGCGUUUGCCCAGACGUCUUCAAGUGGAAGCCACAUGAGCUGAACUCCGUGGACUUUCGGCUAAAAAUUAUCACGGAACGCGGCGAAGGCCUGCUCACCAAGAAAGUGGGCUUCCUCUAUGUGGGCGGCCAUGAUGCUCCAUUCGGGCGAAUGCAAAAGCUGACAAAGGAGAUCCGUGACUUGGACAACAGGAUCGUUGAGUGCACUAUGAAUCAGUCUGGUAACUGGGAUUUUAUGCGCGAGCGAACAGACAAGAAGCAUCCCAAUAGCUACAAUACAGCACGCUCCGUUGUGGAGAGCAUAAAGCACCCGGUUACUAAGGAAUACCUACUAAACUACAUCGCAAACUGCGGCUUUCGCGAUGAUCAUGCCAUGAUGCCGCCGCCGCCCAAUGCUCAUCCGCAUGGCCAUGGUCACCAUGGCGGAUCGCAGGGCCAGCGCCGGCCCCACUAAGCGUAGCUCCUCACGCCUCAUCUCUCCAUCUCACCAUUGAACCCGACACUAGGAAAUUAAACAGCCCCUCCCAAUAAAUAUAAUUCAAAAUGAGAAUUACACUCAACUCUGUGUUGGCCGAA